AUGCCGCACUACAUGAGACGGACAAGGCGCCUCCUUUGGAAAGCGUCUUAUUCAGAUUGCGGGACGCCGGAACCAGCCGAGCACGGCUUCACGCAGGCGCAGAAAGUGUGGACUAUGUCUCAGCGACCUCCGCGAAACUUCCGCCAGCGCCAGGCGGACUCCGAUUCCAGCUCCGACUCCGACUCCGAUCCCGGGCCCGGUCCUGACUCGGGCCUCGUCGGCCGCGCUUCCGAGCGCGCACUCGGGGCUCCGCGGAACCGGGGCCGCGCCCGCGUAUGGGCGACUUCGCGCCGCGCAGGCCCUGUCCCCCGAGGCGUGCCCGGGGCAGGUGGAGGUGCCUCCUCAUCUGACAGCUGCCCCAGUUCCCCCGAAACUAAUGGCGGCUCCUCAGUGGCUCCUGGCCGAGGGGAUGAGGACCCUGAGGCCAACACCAUGGACUUCUCGGGCAGCGGCCGUGACCUGGGCUCAUCUGGCGCAGAGACUGUGGCUCAGGGUGAUGCACCAGGGAGCCUCGAUGACCCCGCCCGAGCCCUCGUGGUGCGAGGAGGGUGGCGGCGGGGGGCCAAGGCUCAAGAGGACUACCUCCCGCUGAGCACGAGGCCUCAGGGACGCAGCUUUGGCGUAACAGGGAGCAGCGACAUCGACUCUGAGGAUGGGCUUGCCUCAGGAGGAGUGGGCAUCUCCACGCUGAGCCUCCGAAGGACUGGCGAGGCAGCCUCCAACAGUGACAUGGACUACAGCGGCUCAGAGGAGGAGGCUCAGGACGCUUGGGAGGCACAGCAGAUGAAGAAGGCUCUGCGAGUACCUGACCUUGGCCUUUCCCACAACCAGACCCGUCCCAUGGCAACAAGAACUUUGGAGGAGACUGGCUCCUUCCCUGCGGUGAACUUGGAAAUCAUCAAGAAACAGCUCAGUAGCCGGUUGGCAUCCUUGGAGGGCGUGCAUCGUUCUCACCAGAGGGAAUACGAAAGAUGCUUGCAGGACAUGCACAGCGCAAAGAACGCCAUUGAGGACCUGGAGAAGGCGCCAGACCCCGCUCCCAGCCAUGCCUUCUACAGGGGCCUGAAGGCCUACUUGGCUACGCUGGUCGACUGCCUUAGUGAGAAGAUUGUACCCAUUCAGGAGCUCGAGUCAGCCAUGCACUCACUCCUUGAGGAACGAGCCGCCUUCUUCCUGCGGCGGCGGCAGGGAGAGUUACAGAAUGAAGCCGUGUACUUACAGCAGCUGGCGGCCAGAAAGAUGGAUGAUUCCCCAGCAUCUGACAGCUUCGCAGAGGAUGCAGGAACCCAGAGACUCCUGGAAGAGACUGUUGCCUGGAGGAUACAAAGAAGACAAGCCAGGGAGAGUUCCGGGACAUCCCAGCAGCCAGAAGGCAUGUCUAGUGAUGAUGACGAUGACGAUGGUGUGUCAGAGGGGGCCGACUUCUGGGAAAAGCAAGGGGCCAUUUUGCAGAGCGGCCACAGUGUCUUCGAAGAUGUCAGUGAGGAGUUUUCUGAUGUCCAGAAGAUUUUGCUGAGAUUCCAGCAAUGGCGAGAGUGGUUUCCUGACUCCUAUUACGAAGCUUACGCCAGCCUCUGCCUACCCAAACUUUUCAGUCCCUUCAUAAGGAUUCAGAUGCUGGACUGGAACCCUCUCACGCUGGACUGCAUCAGUGUUCAGCGCAUGCCCUGGUUCCAAUACCUGGCAGGAUUUGCAGCAGCCCGGAGGGAGGAGGACAACCCUGACAGAGAGAUCCUGCCGGCUGCUCUAGACAAGACCGUGCUCCCUCACCUUACAGGUUUUGUCAGAUCCAUCUGGGACCCUCUGUCCACAUCGCAGACCAGGAGCCUCGUGGAGCACUGCAGGGAGAUUCUUAGCUUUCUCACCCCUACGAGAGGCAGAAGGGGUCACACCACUCAGGUCUUUACCUACAAACACCAGGAGUUGAUGGACUCGGUCAUUUCAAGAUUGAAGAGGGCGGUUGAGGAAGACGUCUUUAUUCCCCUCUAUCCAAAAAAGGUUGUGGAGGACAAAACUUUGCCACACUCCAGCUUCCAGGAGCGGCAGUUCUGGUCAGCUGUGAAGCUCUGGGGAAACCUUCUUCUCUGGAAUGACCUUGUUCUUGAGGAUGACUUACGUGAGCUGGCAUUGGACAAGCUGAUGAAUCGCUAUCUUGUCAUCGGGCUCUCCAACGCCUGUCCCGGGCCAGGGGUGGUUGAAAAGUACCGCUGGGUGGUCGAGAGUCUCCCCGAAAGCUGGCUCAGCAGGCACCCUGCAGGGUGUUCCAUUCCUCAGCUCACCAGCCUCACCCAUACGCUGGUUCGGGCCGCGCAGCAGCUCCAUGACAACAAGUUCCGGUCUGAAGUGCAAGAGAUGGUCCUUCUAUUGGUGAAAAUGAAGGCUUUAACACAGGCCCGAACCUUUGUGGAAAAAAAUCAGCUGGAUCUGCUGAGGUCAUGUGUGAAUGAUCCCCAAUGAAAGAGAGAAGAGGGCAGCACUGGGCAUUGGCCCAGGCCCCCUGUCUUGGAGGAGACUGUCACAGGCCGAGUCAGCCUCUGAAGGGCCCCAGCAGUGGGGUCAAGGCCACUCCCUCACAUUGCUGGGCUCCCCCCCCCCCCAAGGGAACUGGCCACCUGGAUUGUCCAUUGCAGGCCCUGCCCCCC